CGCCCGAUUUAUUCAAGACAAUCAGUGAUUGUUUCUUCAGAGGUCUGCAUCCGCACAAAUACGUGUAAAUAUUUAUUAGGUCACACUUGAUACACAACAAACAAACAGUUUUAAUACUUUUAAACGUACCACACGUAAAGUUUCUGUUUGAAUAUUUAAUUAAUUGAUACAUUAGAAUGGCAUCUUCACGGAUAGAACUCAAUCCGUUUCUUAUUGAGCCGAUCGUGGAAAAAAUUCUUUCAUUUCUCCCAACUCCAGACCUUGGACCAACUCGCCUGGUUUGUAAAUUAUGGAACGAAGUUGGCGAUAUUAUUGAGCGAAACCGAAAACCUGUAACCAUAUCAAGUUUUAAGGAGGCUCAAGUAAUUUAUUUCAUGAUAACAAAAAUCUAUCCAAAAUGGGGCAUCUGCUCAUUAACGUUCUCAACCUUCGCCAUGGAUUUUGGGGUGGUUAAAAAAAUCUUGAUCCACCUGAAAAACACUCUGACCACCCUCCGACUCCAAUCUGGCUUUAUUGAAGAGGAAAAUUAUCACGACUUCAUGCGAAUUGUGGGCGGAAAUCUUCGCGUUUUGGAGUUGGGUGUAAUGCAUGACGAGUAUUAUUGUCAUUUUCCAUUUUUCCCUGUACAGAAAGAUAACCAAAACUCACCAACCGAGUGGUACGUCUUUCCCAAACUUCGAAGUCUGGAAUAUAUCGGAUAUCUCAGAAACCAAUUCGGCUCCGGAUCCGGGGGUGGUUCCACAUUUCUGAGCGACGUCGUAAAAUCUUGCCCACACCUUGUCCGACUCACGAUAAAUGGAAUGUUGGAAGAAAAUCCGACCAAGUUUGAUGGUUUGGGAGGACUGUCCAAACUCAAAUAUUUACAUUUGAACAUGAUGCCGAUGGAUAGCCCCAAGGGAAGAAAAGAUGUCGGUUUUACUAAUAAUAGGAUUCAUUGCCUCAAAAAACUGAAUCUUGCCCUGCAGGAUUUUCGAGUAACUAACGUCCACACUAAUCUUGAUCCGACCCUAUUUAGAGACUUCUUGGAGUCACAAGGGGAAACUUUAGAGUGUGUUUUUCUCAAUCAAAACUCGAUUCGUGCCACAGGUCAACCGGCAUCAGGGAGUCAAUAUUGCAACGCUUCCAUGCCUACGCCAUUUCCACUUUCACUCCCGAAACUCACUCGUCUUGAAGUAUUCAAACCUUUUGUUCGGAAUUUACAGCAUGUUUUUAACUCGGCUCCAAACUUGUACUCCAUUUUGCUACAAUUUGAUCCCGAUGUGGAGUGGAAAUCUAUUCUUCCAAGAGGACCGAUAUCCAUCCCAAGAACUUUGAAUACCUUAACAUUUGCAUUCGUGGAUGCUUUAUCUUUUCAGAAAAUGUCAACUUGUUCCACCCAUCUCGUUCGUCUUUGUCUCCAAAAUUGUGGAGAUUCUCAUCUCCCAGUGAUCUUUGACAAGUUUCCGAAUAUAAAAGAACUCACUUUGAUGGAGGGACACGAGAAGAUGACAGACGCUCUGCUAACUGGACUUGAUCCUGAAGUACUGGAAAAGUUUCGAGAUGCGCUUGGAAAACUUGGCGAGCAAAAGUUUUCAUUCAGCAAACAGUUGGCUGAAAAAAUUGAAAAAUGUAAAAUCCACCCGGGUCUUGGCAGUUUGAAAAAAAUGAGACAUCUUAUUCUGGACUUUACGUCCCCCAAGGAAUUUAUUAUACUGUGGGGAUUCUGGAAUUUGGAAACGAUGCACACCGUUAACAUUAAUGGGGACAAUAUAAGCCAGAAUUCUGAACGGUAUAUCAAAUUCAUGAACGCUGGUGGAAGAUAUGCCAACAUUCAGAUGCAUCAAAGUACUGGAACCUUUAUUCGUGAUGACUCGGUAAUUAUUUCUGGGUCACCGGCACGUUUCUUUCAAAAAUGGGGACCAUCUCUGACCUCCCAAGAAGAGUGGAAAUAUGACGACGACGACGCAUCAGAUAAUGCAUCUCUGAUUUCAAUGUGCUUUGAAAAGUAGGUAGUAGAAUCAUCCUACUAGGAUAUUAAGUUGAGAAAAUAUACCUAAACUCAUUGUUGAUUUAGUGUACAUAAAUAAAUUUCAUAACUUUGUCAAGGAUUUAAAAAUGAAAAUACAUACAAUGUAAAAAAAAUGUCGAUUUCUAAAACAUAACAGUUUCUCGCCACAAUGUGUCAUUAAGAGUAGUACGGUGUUAUUGGUCAUGUGGGUGUAUACAUAAUAUAGCUACCUAAACGUUACAAUGCUCCCGUCACAGAAUUUUUUAGAAGAAUGAUUACAAAAAAACGGGAUGGUCAACAAAGUGUAUGCAGCCGAGUGUGAACUGAAUAUAAACACUCGCAUUACAAUAAUGUAUAGAUAAUAGGAGCCCCGUUAUGUUUUGUGGUGUUGGAUAUCCACUGGACAUGCAUGCAUAUAUUUGU